AUGCUCAUCCCCAUCACUGUUACCCCAUGCUCAUCCCCAUCACUGUUACCCCAUGCUCAUCCCCAUCACUGUUACCCCAUGCUCAUCCCCAUCACUGUUACCCCAUGCUCAUCCCCAUCACUGUUACCCCAUGCUCAUCCCUAUCACUGUUACCCCAUGCUCAUCCCCAUCACUGUUACCCCAUGUUCAUCCCCAUCACUGUUACCCCAUGCUCAUCCCCAUCACUGUUACCCCAUGCUCAUCCCCAUCACUGUUACCCCAUGCUCAUCCCUAUCACUGUUACCCCAUGCUCAUCCCCAUCACUGUUACCCCAUGUUCAUCCCCAUCACUGUUACCCCAUGCUCAUCCCCAUCACUGUUACCCCAUGCUCAUCCUCAUCUCUGUUACCCCAUGCUCAUCCUCAUCUCUGUUACCCCAUGCUCAUCCCCAUCACUGUUACCCCAUGUUCAUCCCCAUCACUGUUACCCCAUGCUCAUCCCCAUCACUGUUACCCCAUGCUCAUCCUCAUCUCUGUUACCCCAUGCUCAUCCUCAUCUCUGUUACCCCAUGCUCAUCCCCAUCACUGUUACCCCAUGUUCAUCCCCAUCACUGUUACCCCAUGCUCAUCCCUAUCACUGUUACCCCAUGCUCAUCCCCAUCACUGUUACCCCAUGUUCAUCCCCAUCACUGUUACCCCAUGCUCAUCCCCAUCACUGUUACCCCAUGCUCAUCCCCAUCACUGUUACCCCAUGCUCAUCCCUAUCACUGUUACCCCAUGCUCAUCCCCAUCACUGUUACCCCAUGUUCAUCCCCAUCACUGUUACCCCAUGCUCAUCCCCAUCACUGUUACCCCAUGCUCAUCCUCAUCUCUGUUACCCCAUGCUCAUCCUCAUCUCUGUUACCCCAUGCUCAUCCCCAUCACUGUUACCCCAUGCUCAUCCCCAUCACUGUUACCCCAUGCUCAUCCUCAUCUCUGUUACCCCAUGCUCAUCCUCAUCUCUGUUACCCCAUGCUCAUCCCCAUCACUGUUACCCCAUGUUCAUCCCCAUCACUGUUACCCCAUGCUCAUCCCCAACACCAAGUUACAUGCCGUACUUCUCUGCCGAUAUAAAAACGUGGAUCGUAAUUCUUCCUUCACGGUAA